AUGGUGGUCUGUAAGUUUUACGAGCAGGGAAACUGCAGAUAUGGUGCCAAUUGCAGGUUCGAGCAUCUCAACACCAAUAGACAAAAUCAAAACCCUUUCAGCGCCCUGUCCAACACUCGAGGCGGAUCUGAUGGCAACACCUACAACCUCAACCGUGACACCAUAGUCAGGGAUCUCACUGAGGAGCGGCCAUCAUGGCUUCUGUCCGCAUACUCACCCAGCCGGGACCUCCCGGAGCAGCUUUGGGGAGGGCAGCUCGAGCAGAGUUUCGAGGAGAUGCGACUACACUUCAUGACGGGAGCCGCAGCAGGCAAUCCCCAGGGAGCUUUGAACGACAUCCAACAACUCGAAGCCCAAGCGCAGCAGAAGAUACAGGCUGCGGUUAGCAACCCAGACGCAGCCAUCGGCUACAUCCAACAAGCUGGGAACAACCACCCAAACCGCCAAGAUCUGUGCCGGAAUGACCCGUCUCGAAGCACCGGAGAAUUCGCCGUUGGCAAGCGUCCUGUUGGUAUCGCGUCUCCCCAGGCACCCAAUGCUUUUUCACAGCCAGCCCCGACCAGCAAUCCGUUUGGUCAGCCGUCUGCUCUUGGUCAGAGACCCAACCCAUUCAGUACUGGGACGUCAGGAUUUGGGCAACAGUCGGGUCCUAGCCAGUCCUCACCUUUCGGUCAACCCUCAGCUCUUGGUCAGACCUCUGCGCUCGGUGGUGGCGGGUUUGGUCAGACCUCAUCACUCGGCCAGAACUCCACACUCGGCGGCGGCGGCUUUGGCCAGGCAUCUGCCCUGGGCCAGAAGCCCAAUCCUUUUGGCCAGCCCUCUUCCCUUGGUCAAGCUGCAGGCACUGGAUUCGGCCAGACGCCUUCUCUGGGACAAAAGCCCAAUCCCUUUGGAAAUACUGGUUUCGGCCAAGCAUCACAGCUCGGAGCUAAACCCAAUCCUUUCGGAUCUGGGGCGAAUAAUGCUGCUGCGCCAGCAAACCCUUUUGGCCAGCCCGCACAGUCGACUACCUCUGCAUUUGGCCAACCAGCUCAGCCUGCUGCAAAUCCUUUUGCUGCUGCGGCUCCUCAGCCCUCCACAACUACUACGAGUGCUGCAGUGACUGGUCCAUAUGCGCCCAACGCCUCGCGGCAGCACCCACCCUUUGAGAGCUAUGCGACUAAGGCACCCAAUGGCCAAUUGCAGAUGUGGAAAGGUCAGCAGGUGGCGCCGAAGGAAAUCGAUGAUGCCUUGGCCAUCGGCACACAAAACUUUGGUCAAGGCUGGUCCAAGAUCUGGUUUCCUGACGGCCCGCCCCCUUACUACAAGGAGACAGAGCCCGAAGGCGAGUAUACGGAGGCGGACAAGGCCAAGUGGAAGAACUUCAUGGCGACGGGCAAGUUUGACCUCGCUACUUCAGGCGGCGGCGGCGGCAUGCCUGAGGCACCUCCUCUGAGAGAGUUCGUCCAGUGGGAUUUCUAA